AUGACCGUUAAGAACAGUUUCCUGACAGCCCUUGUGGGAAAUUGCAAGGAAUUAAGCCAACUCAAGCAAGUACACGCAUACAUCCUCCGAUGCCGCAUCAAAGACACACCCUAUGCCAUCACCCCGCUUCUCUCCGUCGCAGCCACCUCCAACGACGCGUCGUUUUUCUCCUACGCUCGCUCGAUUUUCGCGCACCUCACUCACCGCAACACCUUCAUGCACAACACCAUGAUCAGAGGCUAUCUUCAAAACCGUUCUCCUGCACCAGCUGUAUCGUGCUACUUGGCAAUGUUGCAAAACGGCAUUGCCGUUAAUAACUACACAUUCCCACCUUUGAUCAAGGCUUGCGUUGCACUGGCUUCUUCUUCUUCGAACGUUAUAGGCCGGUUAGUCCAUGGUCACGUCGUUAAAUUCGGGCUUCGCGAUGACCCUUAUGUUGUGAGUGCGUUUAUAGAGUUUUACUCCACUUCACGUCAGGUGGAAAAGGCGAGGUUGUUGUUUGAUGAAACGGCAAGUAAAGAUGUGGUGUUGUGGACGGCAAUGAUCGAUGCUUAUGGCAAAAUGGGGAAUGUUGAAAAUGCCAGAGAAUUGUUUGAGGAAAUGCCUGAAAGAAAUGCUGUAUCGUGGAGUGCCAUGAUGGCAGCGUAUUCUCGGGUUAGUGACUUCAAGCAAGUGCUUGCUUUGUUCACAGAGAUGCAAAAUGAGGGCACGAAGCCUAAUGAGUCGAUCCUUGUCACUGUUCUCACUGCGUGUGCACAUCUUGGUGCGCUCAUGCAGGGAUUGUGGGUGCAUUCCUAUGCCAAGCGAUUCAAUCUUGACUUCAAUCCAAUUUUGGCAACGGCUUUGGUGGACAUGUAUUCAAAAUGCGGAUGUGUGGAAUUGGCUUUGCCUGUUUUUGAGGGCAUUGUUUCUAAGGAUGCUGGAGCGUGGAAUGCUAUGAUUUCUGGGGCUGCCUUGAAUGGUGAUGCAACCAAAUCUCUGGAAUUUUUUCACCAAAUGGCUGAUUAUGGGACUCAGCCCAAUGAGACUACGUUUGUGGCUGUCCUCACUGCUUGUACACAUGCAAAGAUGGUUCAGCAAGGCCUUCAGUUGUUUGAAGCAAUGAGUAGUACAUAUGGAGUUGCACCACGGGUGGAGCAUUAUGCAUGUGUUGUUGACCUUCUGUCCAGAGCUGGUAUGGUGGAGGAAGCUGAGAAAUUUAUGGAGGAAAAGAUGGGUGGACUCAUGGCCACCGAUCCCAAUGUGUGGGGUGCUCUUCUGAACGCAUGUAGAAUUUAUAAGAAUAUUGAUGUUGGAAAUAGAGUGGGGGAAAAGCUGCUUGAUAUGUGCGUAGCUGACUGUGGUACUCAUGUCCUUACUUACAAUAUAUAUAGAGAAGCUGGGUGGGAUGCAGAGGCAAACAGAGUUAGAAGUAUGAUUUCAGAAGCAGGCAUGAAAAAGAAACCUGGAUGCAGCAUAAUAGAGGUGGAUAAUGAAGUUGAAGAGUUUCUUGCAGGUGAUCACUCUCAUCCACAAGCACAGCAAAUAUGCAAAUUGCUUGAUUCUAUUCACAAGAUGGUGGAUUUGGAGCACUACUGA